AUGGCAAUGAUUCUGAAGGAUACUUCAGGAGUUGCCCAGUCUUCCAUAGUUUCUGGUAAACUUCCUUUUGGUAGCACUUCUUUAAAUUCUAAUUCAAUGUCUUCUGAAAUGAUCUUACCAAUCCCCCAUCCAUCUCAAUCCUCUGUGUCUGAACCAAUCUCAAUUCCACCACCAGAAUCAAACCCAUCAAUAUCAACCCCAAUCAUAGAAAUUACACCAUCAAUAUCAAAUCACAUAAUAGAAAAUAUUAUACCACCACCUUCAUCUCCUCCGCAGUUACAAAUUUCACCCAUCUCACCACCACCAAAUGUUAAUGCUCCCCAACCAACUAAUCCAAAUUUUACAACACCUAAAACGUCUCCCGCAAGAAGUGUUUGUGAAGGACACAUUUCUGAUAGCACUCCUGAAGGAAUAUUCAAUUUUGAACUAGAAAUCACCUGA